AAAAUUUUAAUUAUUUCGAAGGAAACAAAAAAAACCCAUAAAGAGAGACGAAGAAACUAAAUCAAAGGUAUCGUCUAAAGGCCAAAGUUUUUUUUUCCAACUUCAAUUUAAAAGGACCAAGAAACCGCUUCAUUAGUCAUUAAUCUAAACAUGGUGAUGGUAGGAGGAGCAUCCAUGGAACUGGACCAGUGCUUUCAGAAGAUGAAGAUGGAAGGAAUCUCGAUCAAAGAGUGGAAAGACAUCCCUGUGGAGCUUCUGAUGAGGAUCCUUUCCCUUGUCGAUGAUCGGAAUGUCAUUGUUGCUUCUGGUGUUUGCAGUGGUUGGAGAGAUGCCAUAUCUCUUGGCCUCACUCGUCUACGUCUCUCUUGGUGCAAAAACAACAUGAACAGUUUGGUUCUUUCUCUUGCUCCGAAGUUUGUAAAGCUGCAGGCUUUAAUACUACGGCAGGACAAACCGCAACUAGAGGACAAUGCAGUGGAGGCAAUAGCAAAUCACUGCCAUGAGCUACAAGAGCUUGAUCUCAGCAAAAGCUUGAAACUUACUGAUCGUUCCCUUUACGCACUUGCUCAUGGCUGCCCUAACCUCACUAAACUCAACCUUAGCGGAUGCACUUCAUUCAGCGACACUGCUAUUGCUUAUUUGAUCAGAUUCUGUAGAAAGCUCAAAGUUCUGAAUCUUUGUGGAUGUGUCCAAGCUGUAUCUGACCAUGCCUUGGAGGCUAUUGGGAAUAACUGUAACCAGUUGCAGUCACUUAACUUGGGAUGGUGUGAGAAUAUCAGUGAUGAUGGGGUUAUGAGUUUAGCUUAUGGCUGCCCAGAUCUCAGGACCCUGGACUUGUGUGGAUGUGUUCUCAUCACAGAUGAGAGCGUAGUGGCUUUAGCAGAUUGGUGUGUGCACUUGAGAUCACUGGGGCUAUAUUACUGCAGAAACAUAACAGACAGAGCGAUGUACUCACUAGCACAAAGCGGAGUAAAGAACAAACCGGGACAAUGGAAAUCGGUUAAGAAGGAGAAAUACGACGAAGAAGGGCUUAGAAGUCUCAACAUCAGCCAAUGCACUGCCCUUACACCUUCAGCGGUUCAAGCGGUUUGCGACACCUUUCCCGCUCUUCACACAUGUUCGGGAAGGCAUUCGCUUGUCAUGAGCGGUUGUCUUAACUUGACAUCUGUGCACUGUGCUUGUAUUCUUCAGGCUCAUCGCGCACACAGUGUGUUUCCUCAUCCGGCUCAUUGAAACAGAGGAAUUGAUGUGUUGUAGUAUAUAGAAGCAUCAUGUUGAUGAGACUAGAUGACGGACGAUCGGGUAUUAUUACUAGUAGCUUUCUAAGAUGUAUGUAUAUGUGAAAACUUCAAAAGCUCUUGAGUUGUUCUUUCUUUGUCUUGAAAGAUCUUUGUAUAUGUUGGUGCUAUGUUCAUGAAUAAACAGCACAUUAACUUUA